UCGUAUUCUUCUUCUUUCCUUCCUGCCUUCCCCUUCGCUCUCCUCUUCCUCUUCUCCUCUCCAGCGAGAGAGGGAAGCAAAACUCCGGCGAGAUGCGCCAGGCGGCAGCGCCCUUUCCCCUUUUCUCAGAUCUCUCCUCCCUCCUCUUCUCCAUGUUCUUUUCUUUUUCUCUCUUUGCAGAACCACCAGGAAGCAGGCUCCGGCGAAGAACAGUGACCGGCAGCAGCGAUCCAACGCCAGUAACAACAACCAGACGCUGCCUCAUCUCAAUCUCAGGUGAGCAUCUGCGAAAGCCAGCUCCGACUAGCACCAAUUCGACGCUUCUCCUCUUUUCCAACCAGGACGAACAACAUACACCGGCGAGCAUUUCGAGGAGUCUUCCGUUGUUCGUAGACGAGAAAGACGAGCGAGGGAGAAACAGAUAGUCUCCAUGGCUUCACCAAGUAAGCAUCGUAAACCCCAAAUGGUAAUUCUUGUAAUAUAUUUGUUGUAUGUAUGAUUUCAUUUUGUUAUUUGUUGUAUUUAGUAUUGGAAUGAAACAUAGCAGAGAGGAUUUAGUACUCAUAUCUAAGUGCUUCUCUAUAAAGUAAAGAGUUAUCGAAACUGAUUCGGUUAUGAGGUUUUGAUUCCUCUAAACGCGAUAUGGAUAGAAAUCAGCGCAAAAGUUUGAGAGAUUUUUGUGGGAUUGAAUGAACCAACCCCCCUUUUGGAACCAAAUAUGAUGCUUUUAUCUAUCAUCAAAUACAGGAAUAACUUAUUUCUUAUUCAGCUACCCAACUAUGAUUCCAAUAUAAAUAUAUUUCGGAAACAAAAAAAUCGAAAAAUAAGUUACCUUGUCGAAAUGACUGGAAUCAACAU